AUGGGGCUAUUAGCUUCUGUUAGCGGCGUGCUCUUGUGUAUAGUAAUUGGUGUGGUGGACAUCGCAGGCCCUUGGGAGUUGUCUGGGGAUGAUCUAGUUUGGAGAUCACCUUCCAGGACUGUCCCUCCAGUGGGACAGCCUCCCGGCUCAGUCUUGUCUCGGUCUUCACCCUGGGCUUGGGUGGACGUUCCCCAGCUGAGGGCUUUAUCCCUCCUGACUCCUGUGACUGUGCAUUGCAUGGAGGCUCAGGUGGUCGUAACUGUGAACAGGGACCUGUUUGGGACGGGGAGGCUCAUCCAAGCUUCGGACCUGAUCCUGGGCUCUCUUGGUUGCCCAUACACCUCCCUUGACAAUGCAGAGAAUUUGGUGGUCUUUGAAGCUGGGCUCCAUGAGUGUGGCAGCAUCUUACAGGUAAGGUGAACUGAUGAAAUGCACUUGCUUCUUGAGUUCCUUGAGCUUCUUUUAGUUGUUGUAAAGUAACAAGAAAAGCCUAAUGUGUGAGGAACUACAAUGGGGGUGGAAAGACUCCUCAUAUUUCUGAUGUUCCGGCUGUGGCUAAUGUUUGUUUAUGUGGUUAAAAAGAUACUGCCCGUGCAUGAGAGGGAGGUAUUGAUGGCUUUGGGAGAACCCUAAUAUUGGACACGGGUGGCACUGUAGUCUAAACCACUGAGCCUUGGGCUUGCUGAUCGAAAGGUCGGUGGUUCGAAUCCCCAUGACGGGGUGAGAUCCCGUUGCUCGGUCCCAACUCCUUCCCACCUAGCAGUUCGAAAGCAUGUGAAAGUGCAAAUAGAUAAAUAGGUACCACUCCGGCAGGAAGGUAAACGGCGUUUCCGUGCACUGCUCUGGUUUGCCAGAAGCGGCUUAGUCAUGCUGGCCACAUGAUCCGGAAGCUGUCUGAGGACAAACGCCGGCUCCCUCAGCCAGUAAAGCGAGAUGAGCGCCGCAACCCCAGAGUCGUUUGCGACUGGACUUAACUGUCAGGGGUCCUUUACCUUUAAAGGUGAGAAAAGGAGCAACUAUCUGAGAGUAAUGUGAUGGACAGGUUGGGAUCCUGAACCACCAAUACUCUGUGCACCAGAACUUGUGUACUGUACUAAUCUUAGAGCCUUAUCAUAGAAUCCUCCAUUCAACAGAAACUUCUCAAAACGAAAGGGAUAGGAGUAGUUAUCAUUAUGUGAGGUCUGCAAAUAAAACAUUAGGUUUCUUCUCCAAAAUAGUCAAAAGUUUCACUUCCUAUGGCUUGCUGCUGGUUUAAUGAUGGUUGAGCCUAGGUAGUGACUGCUGGUAUGUUCAGCUAGGACUGGCAAGACCUGAGUUCAAAUCCCCACUCACUCAAGAAGCUGACUGAUUACUUUAGGCAAGUCAGCUGCCAUUUUCUGUGGUGCUGGAUUUUUACUUGUGUGUGCUGCUAUCACUAAACCUGGUGGGUUUUUAAAAACUGUACCUGGAGAUGUUUUGCAUUGGGUGACAAACUAAACAAAUAACUACAUCAGAAUUGUUGUGAGGAUGAAAUUUGGUUGUCUAUAAAAUUCUAUAAAAUUCAUGUACCACUUUUUGCAGCCUACAUAAGACAACUUGUGCUUUUCAGAUGUGCAUGCAAUUUGUCUGGUGGUCCUAGGUUCUUUGUCAAUGUGCCACCUCUGCAUGGUCCCUCACUAUCCUCCUACAUUAUAACAGAUGGUGGAGGGGGCAUCCCUCUGGGCUGAUUGUGCCUCCCUACACUUAAUAGGGAAUAUAUAUUGAGACUAGGAAUGGAAUGAUAAUAGAAUUGGGAGUUGGGAGAGAUCCAAGGGUCAAGUCCAUAUUUUUAAGAUGGCAUUUUUUUUUUAGGAAUAUGAUGUGUUUAUAUGAACCAACAAUAAUUUGAGCAGCCUUCUCUACCCUGGUGCCCUCCAGAUGUGGUGGGCUCCCAACUCCCAUCAGCCCCAGCUAGAGCAGAUGAUGGGAUUUGGAGUCCAUAACAUCUGGAGAGCACCAGGUUGAUGAAGCCUGUAGUGACUCUAUAUUUGCCACUACUCUUCUCCUUCCAGAUGACUCCAGACACUCUUGUCUAUAGCAUAAGCCUCUACUAUAGACCUAAUCCUGGAAGUAACUCUCAAAUCAUCAGGACCAGCCCAGCUGAAGUUCCUAUUGAAUGUCACUAUCCAAGGUGAGUGGCUCUUUGUUCUCUGAUCGCACCUUCCCAAUAACUGUUCCUUGGAGAACUGGUUGAUCAGUGAAGACUGUCCCUUUCAGGAAAGACAAUGUGAGCAGCAAGUCCAUCAGGCCAACGUGGAUUCCUUUCAGCUCUACCAUUUCUGCAGAAGCAAGGUUGGCCUUUUCGUUGCGUCUGAUGAACGGUAGGUGGCAGCCUUGGGGAAAAUACUGUCUACUUCGUAAGUCGGGACGGGGAACCUUUUUUUAGUCCAAGGGAUGCAUUGCCUUCAAGGGCUGUAUGUCGGUGAUGGGUGAGGCUAGAGGCAAAAGUGUGGAGUAAUGAAUAUAAAUCUUAACUUUUGUACAGUAGGCUACCCCAAUCUCUGAGUGAUGUGAGGUUUCAGGUGCUUGCAUAGGGCACUCCCAUCCCUGUAUUAAGAUAAGGCUCGCCUUCUAGAUGACUGGAGUGCGGAGAGAACCAUUAACAGGUAUCAGCUGGGAGAUGCCAUGCACAUCCAGGCUGAUGUCAACACUGAGAACCACGUGGUUCUGAAGCUCUUCAUUGACAACUGUGUGGCCACGCUGAGCCCAGACAGAGACUCUUCUCCCAAUUAUGCUAUAAUUGACUUCAAUGGGUAAGUAUGCCUUUCUUGCCAGGAUCUCUAGGUUGCAUUUAUUUGGCUGUCAACUACUGGGGAAAUGUUGCUAACCACGUGUUUUGUCUUAGAUGCCUGGUUGAUGGGAGAUCAGAUGACUCCAGUUCAGCCUUUGUGUCCCCAAGACACAGACAAGAUUCUCUCCAGUUCACAGUUGAUGCCUUCCAGUUUGCAGGAGAUAAUGGAGGCUUGGUGAGACAUUACUGAACACAGCAAGCUUCCUGAUCUGGCACAUUUUGCAGCAAUUGGCAUUUUUAAAAAAAAUCCCCAUGAAAGUUCACCAGCAUUUUUGUGUGAAUUGAUUGUAAUAAAUACAUUUUAUAUGCAGUUUUGACUAAUGUAUACAUUCUUGCAAGGACACCUCCUUUUUUGUAUGUUGUUUUCAUUAAUAUCUUGGUUUUUUUAGAAUCCACUUUCCUUAAUGUGUGCAAUUUUGUAAUUAUUGUCAGCUGGGAUAGCUCAGUUGGUAGAGUAGGAGACUCUUAAACUCAGGGUUGUGGGUUUGAGCCCCACAUUGGGCAAAAGAUCCCUGCAUUGCAGGGGGUUGGACUAGAUGACCCUUGUGGUUCCUUCCAGCUCUACAGUUCUAUGUUUCUAAGAGAACUGCAUUGCAAACAUUCAAAUCGGUGCAGAUUUUGAAGGCUAGCUGCAUUUCAGUUCUCAUAUUAUUUAGGGACAUGCAAAUUUGGAAAAUUUGGCUUUGAAUGUGAAUAGAAUUGAAUUUCUCCUCCAUCCCUACCUACAGGAAAAGCAGGGCAUGGAUGAAAGGGGCUUUGCAGGUAAUGCCAGUCAGCUGACUGUCAAUGCCUGCAAAAGCCCCUUGCAUAGUGCUUCCCAAGGGCAAACUACUGGCUAACUUCUUUGUGCCUCUUGUUCUUUGAUGGCUAGAGAGGCUGCGUUGUACACUAUGGAUUCCAGAUAUUGCUACAUGCUGUGUUUUUAGCCUUUUAUUGGGCUGUUGUUUUUAUUCUGAUUACCGGUAUAUAUUUUGAGGUUUUAUAUUUUGAUUUUGUUCUGUGAACUACCCUGAGACCUCUGGGAAUAGGGUGGUCUAUAAAUUCAAUACUGUAUAUAAAUAAACUUGGUGACUUGGUGAAGCCACUGCGACAGAGCUGUUUGAGCAUGAGUGUGGGGGAAUCUGUGGUUCUCCAGAUGUGGACGGACUAGAACUCUCAUUAUCCCUGGCCAUUGGUCAUGCUGGCUGGAGCUGAUGGGACUUGGAGCCCAAUGGCAUUUGGAGAGCAUUGAGUUUCUCAAUAGGCUGCAAUGCUGGAAAGUCCAAUGGUCUUUCUUUGGGGUUCCCCCCUCACUUUCUCCCCACUUACUUUCUCCAGGUGUACAUUACUUGCCACUUGAAAGUCACAGCAGCUGAUCAGCCUCUUGGUCCUCUGAACAAGGCUUGCUCUUUCAACAAAGCAAGGAACAGGUGAGGGAAGCAGUUGAGAACUGUGGAUGGUGGGGCUGUCUGAGAAGCUGAGAGCAGCAUGGGAGGAGUGAUUCCUGUAUCCCCCUUUUGCUGCAGCUGGACUCCCAUUGAAGGUGCUGCAGACAUCUGCAGCUGCUGUGAGAUGAGGAACUGUAUGCCACCUGGGGGCCGGUCUGGAAGGAUGGAUCCCUGGUGGAGAGAGACGAGAGGACGCUUCCAGAGAGAUGCUCCUGUUAUUGUGCAUGGUAAAUUCUGUGUCCAGAGUGACUUAUGGAACAGGGGUGGUGACUCCAGGACAUGAGGCCUUGCUUCCUGCAUAGCAAUUAGGCAUGGGUCAAAAAAGCUUCCUAUUUGCUCCAAUUUUUCAGAGGACAAAAGGCAACUGGUUCCAGUCAACUGCUCUUGCCAUCCAAGAUGUUCCUCCUAAUGUUCACCCAACAAGUACCCUCCUCCUGGGACUUAAUCCCAUUAGAGCGCAUCCAGUCGUACCCCCCACCACCUGCUGCCACCAACCCCUCUGCAUCGUCAGUGUCUAGAUUGGCUAUAAUUGUCCCAUAGGAGGAAAUGUGUUAAAAGGAGCUUAACUCGAACCUGAUCAAAAUAAGUUUCUAGGCUUUCAUGCUUUUGCAGGUGACUCUUCGGUGGGAAGAGCAGAGGCUGACGUGGUGAUAGGACCUGUUGUCCUGGGUGUCCCAAAGAGUUUGGGGCAUUUCCCUGAAAACCAAAGAACCAUAGGGGCAAUGGAAGAAGGUAAGGCUGCACUCUUGGGUGGCAUUUUUUGCAUGUAGAAAGUCUGCUGUUCAAACUCUUACGUCUCUAGGUAGGGCUAAAAAAGACCUCUGCUUGACACUUAGAGAGCUAGAAUCAUAGAGUUAGGGUCAUCUAAUUCAACCCCCCUGCAAUCUUUUUGCCCAUGGUAGGUGAUUGUAAAGGGACGUGGGUGGCGCUGUGGGUUAAACCACAGAGCCUAGGGCUUGCUGAUCAGAAGGUCGGUGGUUCGAAUCCCUGCGACGGGGGUUUGUUGCUUGGUCUCUGCUCCUGCCAAUCUAGGAAUUCAAAAGCACAUCAAAGUGCAAGUAGAUAAAUAGGUACCACUCUGGUGGGAAGGUAAACAGCGUUUCCAUGUGCUGCUCUGGUUCGCUAGAAGCGGCUUAGUCAUGCUGGCCACAUUACAGCUGUACGCCAGCUCCCUCGGCCAAUAAAGUGAGAUGAGCGCUGCAACCCCAGAGCCGGCCACGACUGGACCUAAUGGUCAGGGGUCCCUUUACCUUUACCUUUAUGGUAGUGCACAUGCUCUAAACGCAGAAGGGCCCAUAUUCAAUCUCCACUUCUCUUUCUCAGGUACCCAUGAGAUGUCUCUGUUGACAAUGGCAGGACUGUCCAUAGCAACUGUCUUCCUAGCUUUGACAUUGGGGAUUCUGGGAUAUCUCAUUGCCUGCAAGAAAAAAAGCCACUCCAAUUCUACUCCAAUCUCAGAGCUUUCUGGAAAAGCUGUGUAA